AGAACACGCCGUAACCAGAUUUUAGAAUAGAAAAGAUGCUGUACACAAAUCCCUCUUUUCAUAUACGUAGGCGCUUAGAGGGGCCGAGGAAAAGAAGGCCAUUAUUAUUAUACGAGCGGGAACGAUAGCAAGCGGGCGAUAUCCUAACCAUUGGAAGUUUUAGCACGGACGUAAUAGCGCUUUAGUAUACUAAUUCGUAGCGUACGAUGUCGUUAGCCCAGCACGUCACCGCCAACGAAGGCAUCGACCGCGUGCCCCCCGAAGACGAAGAAGACGGGACUGAGGAGAUCCUUUGGCGUACUCUGAGUUACGACCCCGUACCACCCACCGAAAUCACCGCCCCUAUCGUCGUCCACGAGACCGCAUUGCCCAAUGCGGCCGCUUACAAGGUCUCGGCCGCUAAGAGAGCAGCCCAAGUUGGAUUCGCCAUCGUCGCAUGCUGGUUUGCCGCGGGCAUCGUAUACGGUUUCGCAUCGCUGAAGCCCGUACUAAUCGAAGAGGGUGUAUACGGGGACCUCUGCCCUCCAAGCGAUAUUAACAGCAACGAUGAAAACACCGGCGAUGGCAGCGAGAAAGUCCCCUGCGCCGCGCAGGACAUGCGCUUAAACUUAUUCUUCAUCGCCGCCUCCAUAACAACCAAUACCUCCUCUCUAGCCGCCGGCUGGGUCCUCGACCGCUACGGCCGACGCCUAUGUUACAUUAUCUCCGGAUUCUUCAUGAUCGCCGGCUGCAUCCUCAUGGGCCUCGCCUUCCAAAUCCCCGAAUUCGACGGGUACCUCAUCGCCAACAUUCUCCUCAGCCUCGGCGGCACAUUCGUCUUCGUACCAAGUUUCCAACUCGCCAACGCGUUCCCCAAGUACUCCGGCGUCAUCGUCGCCUUAGUAACAGGCGCCUUCGACGGUUCAGCCGCUAUAUUCCUAUUCUAUCGAUUAGCCUGGGAAGCAUCGGGCCGCACCUUCGCGCCGGCAACUUUUUUCUUCGCGUAUACCGUCGUAGGCGUACUUCUAUUAAUAGGCGAAUGGGCAAUCAUGCCACCACGCGCAUACCACUCAACCCCCGAACUCGAGCGCAAGCUCGAAAAAGCACAGGACGCGACACGCGACGUACACGAUUCCGACGACGAACUCGAAAGCCCUGGAGAGAUCCGACGAAUCAGGAGUGCUCGCGCCGAGCGUCGGCUCUCGAAACUGGAGCAGAUCGAGGAGUUGGUUGGCGAUGAAACACUCCGCGAAGACCGUAUCCAAGCUGAAGAAGAGCGGCAAGAAGCUAGUGGUAUAUGGGGUGUACUGCACGGCAUACCGGCGCAUCGACAGAUGCUGACGCCUUGGUUUGCUUUGUUGCUUUUGCUUACGGUGUUGCAGAUGUUGCGUAUGAAUUACUUUAUCGCGACUAUACGCUCACAGUACCGAUAUCUACUAGGAUCAGAAAAGCUGGCUGAGGACAUCAAUCAUGUCUUCGAUGUAGCACUGCCGGUCGGUGGUGUAUUCGCGACACCGUUUAUUGGACUACUUCUGAAUAACUUAAGCGUAGCGACAGCCUCGGCGGUGUUAACGCUAUUCAUCGUCUUAAUUGGCAUACUAAACUGUCUCCCACAACUCUGGGCCGGUUACGGAACAGUAGUAGCAUUCGUAUUAUUCCGACCGCUAUACUACAGCGCCGUGAGCGAUUUCGCGACCAAGAUCUUCGGCUUCGCCACCUUCGGUCGUAUCUACGGCACCAUCACCUGUCUAUCGGGUCUAGUCAAUUUCGUGCAGUCCGGACUUGACGCACUGACCCAUGGACCGCUACAAGGAGACCCAACACCCAUCAAUGCCGUCAUGGCAGCAGGAGGUGCGAUCCUCGGUGUCGCAUUAACGGCUUACGUUUUAAUCCAGGGCCGAUUAUUUCGGCAGAAAUUGCAGAAGAGGGAAGACGCCGAGAGAGUUCAAGAGAGACUGGGUCUCAUCCGAGAAGAGAGGGAAGCAGAAGAAGCGGGAUAUGGCACCAUUGACUGAUUAUUAGUGGCGAAACUCAAGGGCCUUUUUUCAUGAUGAAAUUGAAGAAUGAACAUAUAUCAACAGUUAGAAAUUUAUAACCUAGAUGAAGAAAAGGGGCUAAUACGAUGCACCAAAAUCUAGAUUCUUAGACAGUGAAGGGCUUAUUUUAGAUCAAGG